AGUGACCUCAGAUUGUCAUUUCCUUCAUGAUCCACGAAGCAAAGGCUGUUUUCACGGAAAUCUAUUCUGAGCAGCUCCUGCACCAACUGUGGACGUUUGUCUAAUUUUGAUUAACAACACGAUUGAGGGCGCCGGAGCAAAAUGGACAAGUUAUAGUUUCUGGAGAGCAAAAUACGGUACAGCAUGAAACAAAGUAAUCUGUUAAAAAAAGAUUGGUGUUUGAUGCAGACUAAAAUGUUAUUCUGCGCAUGAUGACGCGCAAAAGUACGUAUGUCUCCGCUUCACACCGCUAGCUAGCAGGAAGUAUGUUGAAUCCGAGGAGAAAAAAAUGACCGAAGAACCAAAGUCGGUUGUUGAUCUGAAAAAAAUAACAAGUCUCCUAAAUGAGAACGCAAAUGCUUCGGUUUUUGGAUUCGGCAUCAUUCUCUCUGGUGCAAAGAACGUCAUUAAACGGUGCUCUUCCAUUGCCUGCUCCGUGUCCAGAUCCUUCCGGUGCUGCCCUGACAAGGUGGCAAUGAAUGGCUGAAAGAAGACUUUCUUCAGCUCCGGGAAGAAAAUGGCUGACACCACAGAAUCCAAGAGCUAAGACUCUCUCUUUUCCCCUUGUCUGCUUUGUUGAUUAUCUUGAGACUUGAUUUCCCCUUCCUUAAAUGUAUACGCCUACUAUGGCAAUGCAUGAUAUGAGCCGUGUCAAGGGUUUCCCCUGUAAAGAGUGUGAUAUGGUUUGCCCCAGUACCCCUAGUCUGUUAGAACACAUGAAGGCUCACUACCAGCAAGAAGAGAAUGGCAGGUUUGAGUGUGAGCAAUGUGGCCGCAUCUAUAAGCAUGCUGGCAGCCUGGCCAACCAUAAGAAAUCCCAUGAAGUGGGUUCCUUUCAGUGCCCAGUCUGCACCAGAACCCUGCCCAAUGCUGUGGCUCUGAAGAACCACCUCCGUAUCCACACACUAUCCCCAAGCAGUGCCCAGGCAGAGGAAGACGGCGGUGACGAAGGCGCUGAAGACGGACAUGAUGAGAGGAACUAUGGUCUUGCACAGGACCUGUCUGAUGGCUUUGCCCGCAGUCACCUGAACAACAGUGGAAUGGGUCAUGGUGUGAUGUCACAUGACCCAGAUGAUCACAAGAAGUCACCUGUAACUGAUGAUGCCUGGGAUCGCCCAUUCAAAUGCGAUCAGUGUGAUAGGACCUACCGCCACCAUGGCAGCCUGGUUAAUCACAAGAAAUGUCACCAGGAGGGGGCGUUCAAGUGCACCGUCUGUUACAAGCAGUUCAACAACCUGGCUGCUCUCAACGGCCAUGAGCGAACCCACUCAAAGUUUAAGACUCCUGGAGCAUCGAUGGUUAACAACAACAUACAUGAUUCUGUGACUGAUCAGCGUCCCUCUGCUCCCCAAACCGAUGAUGCGUCUAACUGCUUCUGCCACCUGUGCCAGGUAGCUUUGCCCAACAAGAGUGACUUCCAGGAACACAUCCUAUUGCAUAAUGCAGCCUCCUCUUCACUGGGUCUUGCCCGUAGUUUCCCUGGGAUAAUGCCGCACAAUCUCAGCGCUGUCCGCUCCCCAGCAUACACACCUGCCCUGGGUGACCCUCUGCCGCUUCCUCAUUUGCCAAAUGAUAAACGUGGACCCUUUGACCCAAUGCUUGGCCCUCCUGUCAAUAACCCCAUUUACACUUGUGCAUACUGUGGGGCUGGGCAUCCUGAUCUGGAGAGUCUCAAAGUUCAUUACCUCACCCAUGACCCCCACCCAGGCUCCCAUGGUCAGGAUGGUAUCCUGAACACUGAUGGGAUUGGCUCUAACUCUAACCCAUCUCCAUCUGGAGAGAGAGCGCAAUCUUCUUCUGAUGAUGGUGAACGUCGUUUCAAGUGUCAGGAUUGUGGGAAAAGCUACCGCCAUGCUGGAAGCCUGGUCAACCACAAGCGCUCCCACCAGACUGGCCUCUACCAGUGCACCAUCUGCUGCAAGCAGUAUCCGCAUUUGGCUGCCUUGCAUAGCCACCUCCGCAGCCAUAAGGGAAGAACAUCCAACCAAUCAUCCCUCAACACUGAAGGCGACUGGCUCUCCUCGGAACCCCUGACACUUGACUCUCAGAAUAGUUAUGUGCAGGAGGGGAGCGGCGCAACCACCCCUAUCUCCCUCCCUGGAAAUCUUGGUGACGCUGCUCACUUUGUACCUGAUGGUGGCCACAGCAGUGGUUUGGAUUCACUGGAGUUCCAUGAUCGAUUUGAUGGCUCCCUUGCCCAGAGCAACUCUGGGCACUCCCCUCUUCCCCAGAACCACCGCCAGGCUGAUAGACAUAUGUGCACUGACUGUGGAGAAAUGUAUGGGGACAUCUCUGGCAUCAAGUCUCACAUGUGCCCCCAACGGCGACAGAACCAGGGGAUGUCCAAUGGAUUCAUGGGAAACAUGAGUAGCUACAACAGUCCUGGAGGCGCUGCUCUCCCUUCAGGUGGAGGAAAUGUGAAAGAGAGCAAUGGACAGCGCUCUCAGUAUGGUUCUCAGUCCCAUGCCCAAGGAGGGGGGAAAAGGAUGAAUAAAGAAGAUGAAGAUGAUGGUGAAGUGUACCAGUGCUCGGUGUGUGGGAACCAUUAUGCCAGCCUCAGGGCCCUGAGGAGCCAUCUGCGCAGCCAUGCUAACAAUCCCACAGGGCCUGGGACUUCAGCGCUUUCUCCUAACGGUGAGGCAGAUUGGAGGAUUAUCUGCAGCACCUGUGGCCAGAGCUUCUCCAGAAAGCAAGAUCUGUUAAACCACCAACUGAUUCAUGGGCCACAAAGGUCCGAUGCAGCAGCGCAGAGCAUGGGGGCCGAUCCUACAAAUACUAAUGGCAAAAUGGAUGGUGAUGGUAGGAAUCACAUUUGUGUUGACUGUGGCAUGUUCUUUGCUGAUCGCCAUCACCUGAUCACUCACCUGUGUCCUGGAAAGGGAAGAGGAGGAGUGCUGAGCAAAGAAGGAUUGAAUGGAGCUAAAGGGAUGACUGGCGGAGAUGGAGUUAGUGGCGGCGGAGUUGGAGGACCUGGGGGCAGUCGUGAUAUGGGAGGACAGGACCGUAGACAGCAGAUGCCAGAUUCGGAGGAUCGACCCCACAAAUGUGACCAGUGUGGAAGGGGCUACAGGCACCCUUGCUCCCUGCUCAACCACAAGAAAUCUCACAAGACCGGAGUCUUCAGAUGCCUUGUCUGCCAGAAGCGCUACUACAACCUGCUGGCCCUUAAGAACCACCAGAGGACCCACUUUGAUUUAAAAAGCAAGGCUGCCGCUGGCACAGGGAGAAGCGGUCCCCAAGUGGCACCCGAUUCCGAAACGAUGGCUUUACUUGAAUGGCACAAGUGUGAGGAGUGUGGGAAGGCCUUCAAGAUCCAGAAGCAGCUGGAAAACCACCUUCGGCUCCAUGAAGAACACCGAGCAAAGGCUCACGCCCAGCUCGCAAAACUAGGCAAUGGGAGGUAUCAAGGAGGACCCUCUGGCAUGCAGGCCAUGAGAGGAGAAUCGUCCAAAUCCCAGAACCCUGGCAUGGGGGAAGUCAAGUAUGGACAACAACAACAAGGCUUCAAGCAACCCUACUCAGAGGCUGGUACUUCAAGGGCUCAGAAUUUUGAUCUACAAGAAGGGGGACGAAGACCCUUCGCCUGUGAUGAGUGCGGACGGAGCUAUCGUCAUGCAGGCAGCUUGGCCAAUCACAAGAAUCUUCACAAAAUUGGCGAGUAUCACUGCAAUGUCUGCAACUCCACUUACCCCAACCGCCUGGCCAUGAAAAACCAUCUGCGUCUUCAUUUUGCCCUCAAGAAGCACACUUGCCAGGAAUGUGGCAAAGGAUUCCGUACCCAAAAACAGCUGACCACCCACCACUCUGCACAGCUCUGCAAGGGGGCUGCAGGAGCUGUUGCUCAAAUGGAUUACGAGUGUGAUGGGUGCUGCGAGGGUUUCGCUACUGCAGACGAGCUGGCUGCACAUGACUGCCCUGCUCAGCAGCUCCCUUCGUCCUCGGCCUCCCUCAACAGCUCAAGCCUCAGCAUCGAUGGGGCUGACCUUGUGCCAGAUGAACGCCCCUACAGCUGUGACAUCUGCAACUGCUCUUACAAACAUGCCAGCAGCUUGCUGAACCACAAGCACACACACAAGACGGGCACUUUUACAUGCACCUACUGCGACAAGCCGUACUCCAACUACAUGGCGCUGCGCAACCACAUGCGCAUCCACACGCAGAAGAAGAGGCACAUCUGCCACCACUGCGGGAAAGCGUUCCGGCUAGCCAGAUUCCUCCGCAAUCACCAGAAGGUCCAUGAGGAGGGCCACACACGCUUUGGCUGCACCAGCUGCGGGAAGAGCUUCCAGGGGAGGUCAGGCCUGGCGAGGCACCGCUGCGGGGAGAACCAGGUAGGCAAGGAGGGCAGGAGGAUGGCCACUGCAAGCACGACAGGGGGAGAAGAGUGCCGGUACACAUGUGACCAGUGUGGCCGCUCCUACGCCCAUGCCAGCUCCCUUCUCAACCACAAAAACACCCACACCGUCGGCAUUUACCACUGUGCCGUGUGCCUCAAGACCUAUUCCAACCUCCUGGCCCUCAAGAACCACCGGCGCAUUCAUUCAGAGAUACGGCGUCACCGCUGCCCAGAAUGCGGCAAGGCUUUCCGUGUCUCCUCCCAGCUCAACAGCCACCGUCGCGUCCACCUAAAGGAGAGGGAGCUCACUUGUGGCCCCUGCCAGCGCAGCUUCCCCAGCCAGGCCAGCUUCCGGCUCCACCAGGAGAUCUCCCACGGCCAAGCCCCCAGGCCCCCCCAGCAGACACAGGCCAGGGCUGGGGGAGCCUCUGGGGGCACAUCCGGGGGCGGGAGCUCAGGCCUUAGCUGGGGCUCCGGCCUGGAUCUCACGUUGUUGCAGGCCCAAGGACUGGACCCCAAUGGACUACCCAAAAUGAACUCCCUGUCCUUCCAAGGCCCCAGUGGCAGCAGGAGCCGUGGGGCGAUGGGGACCAAGUCGCACAUCUGCAACCAGUGCGGUCGCACCUACCUCCACGCCAGCUCCCUCCUUAACCACAAAAACAGUCACAAAACAGGCGCCUACUUCUGUAACUCCUGUCAGAAGGAGUUUCCCAACCUGAUGUCCCUCAAGAACCACCGGCGCAUUCACACUGAGCCCAAACGUUUCCAGUGCCCCGACUGUGGAAAGUCCUUCCGUGUGUCCACCCAGCUCAUCUGCCACAGGCGCAUCCACACCAAGGAAAAGCCCUUUUCCUGCCAGCAGUGCGACAAGCGCUUCUCCAGCAAGUCCAACCUGCGCCACCACCAGAAGGUGCACUGGAGCAGCUCAGCGCCCCCUACCAUGGCCAUGGGCGCUGCCAGCUUCUUGGCACGAAGAUGAGCUUCAAACCUUAUUUUUCUGCAGAUGACAGCAAUGCUCUUUAUCGGUUGCUUCUUUCUGGCAUCACAUUUGUGUUUUCCUCUUUUAAAAAAAAAAAAAUGUUUCUGGGCACCCAUAUUUUCAACACUGCGCCUAACGAGUUAACAUGUAUAGACAAUAAGUUGUUUUAAAAAAUAAAAAAAAUAAGAAAAAUGUAUAUUGUUAGGCCCAUGCCGGCAUUAUGAUUUUAUCCUGUAUCGUAAUCGUACUUCUGACUGUAUUAUUUACAGUUCAACUUUUAUAAAACAGAUCAUUGUAGAAUGUAUUUAUUUAUAUUAACACUUUAGGAGCUGUGUUGUUACCAGCCCCUUUCCUUACACUUACCCCUGACUACUCAUCCUGUAUGUAGAAUUGUUGUUACCAGCCCCUUUCCUUACACUUACCCCUGACUACUCAUCCUGUAUGUAGAAUUGUUGUUACCAGCCCUUUCCUUACACUUACCCCUGACUACUCAUCCUGUAUGUAGAAUUGUUGUUACCAGCCCCUUUCCUUACACUUACCCCUGACUACUCAUCCUGUAUGUAGAAUUGUUGUUACCAGCCCUUUCCUUACACUUACCCCUGACUACUCAUCCUGUAUGUAGAAUUGUUGUUACCAGCCCUUUCCUUACACUUACCCCUGACUACUCAUCCUGUAUGUAGAAUUGUUGUUACCAGCCCCUUUCCUUACACUUACCCCUGACUACUCAUCCUGUAUGUAGAAUUGUUGUUACCAGCCCCUUUCCUUACACUUACCCCUGACUACUCAUCCUGUAUGUAGAAUUGUUGUUACCAGCCCCUUUCCUUACACUUACCCCUGACUACUCAUCCUGUAUGUAGAAUUGUUGUUACCAGCCCUUUCCUUACACUUACCCCUGACUACUCAUCCUGUAUGUAGAAUUGUUGUUACCAGCCCCUUUCCUUACACUUACCCCUGACUACUCAUCCUGUAUGUAGAAUUGUUGUUACCAGCCCCUUUCCUUACACUUACCCCUGACUACUCAUCCUGUAUGUAGAAUUGUUGUUACCAGCCCCUUUCCUUACACUUACCCCUGACUACUCAUCCUGUAUGUAGAAUUGUUGUUACCAGCCCUUUCCUUACACUUACCCCUGACUACUCAUCCUGUAUGUAGAAUUGUUGUUACCAGCCCCUUUCCUUACACUUACCCCUGACUACUCAUCCUGUAUGUAGAAUUGUUGUUACCAGCCCUUUCCUUACACUUACCCCUGACUACUCAUCCUGUAUGUAGAAUUGUUGUUACCAGCCCUUUCCUUACACUUACCCCUGACUACUCAUCCUGUAUGUAGAAUUGUUGUUACCAGCCCUUUCCUUACACUUACCCCUGACUACUCAUCCUGUAUGUAGAAUUGUUGUUACCAGCCCUUUCCUUACACUUACCCCUGACUACUCAUCCUGUAUGUAGAAUUGUUGUUACCAGCCCUUUCCUUACACUUACCCCUGACUACUCAUCCUGUAUGUAGAAUUGUUGUUACCAGCCCUUUCCUUACACUUACCCCUGACUACUCAUCCUGUAUGUAGAAUUGUUGUUACCAGCCCUUUCCUUACACUUACCCCUGACUACUCAUCCUGUAUGUAGAAUUGUUGUUACCAGCCCUUUCCUUACACUUACCCCUGACUACUCAUCCUGUAUGUAGAAUUGUUGUUACCAGCCCUUUCCUUACACUUACCCCUGACUACUCAUCCUGUAUGUAGAAUUGUUGUUACCAGCCCUUUCCUUACACUUACCCCUGACUACUCAUCCUGUAUGUAGAAUUGUUGUUACCAGCCCUUUCCUUACACUUACCCCUGACUACUCAUCCUGUAUGUAGAAUUGUUGUUACCAGCCCCUUUCCUUACACUUACCCCUGACUACUCAUCCUGUAUGUAGAAUUGUUGUUACCAGCCCUUUCCUUACACUUACCCCUGACUACUCAUCCUGUAUGUAGAAUUGUUGUUACCAGCCCCUUUCCUUACACUUACCCCUGACUACUCAUCCUGUAUGUAGAAUUGUUGUUACCAGCCCCUUUCCUUACACUUACCCCUGACUACUCAUCCUGUAUGUAGAAUUGUUGUUACCAGCCCUUUCCUUACACUUACCCCUGACUACUCAUCCUGUAUGUAGAAUUGUUGUUACCAGCCCCUUUCCUUACACUUACCCCUGACUACUCAUCCUGUAUGUAGAAUUGUUGUUACCAGCCCUUUCCUUACACUUACCCCUGACUACUCAUCCUGUAUGUAGAAUUGUUGUUACCAGCCCCUUUCCUUACACUUACCCCUGACUACUCAUCCUGUAUGUAGAAUUGUUGUUACCAGCCCCUUUCCUUACACUUACCCCUGACUACUCAUCCUGUAUGUAGAAUUGUUGUUACCAGCCCUUUCCUUACACUUACCCCUGACUACUCAUCCUGUAUGUAGAAUUGUUGUUACCAGCCCCUUUCCUUACACUUACCCCUGACUACUCAUCCUGUAUGUAGAAUUGUUGUUACCAGCCCUUUCCUUACACUUACCCCUGACUACUCAUCCUGUAUGUAGAAUUGUUGUUACCAGCCCCUUUCCUUACACUUACCCCUGACUACUCAUCCUGUAUGUAGAAUUGUUGUUACCAGCCCUUUUCCUUACACUUACCCCUGACUACUCAUCCUGUAUGUAGAAUUGUUGUUACCAGCCCCUUUCCUUACACUUACCCCUGACUACUCAUCCUGUAUGUAGAAUUGUUGUUACCAGCCCCUUUCCUUACACUUACCCCUGACUACUCAUCCUGUAUGUAGAAUUGUUGUUACCAGCCCCUUUCCUUACACUUACCCCUGACUACUCAUCCUGUAUGUAGAAUUGUUGUUACCAGCCCCUUUCCUUACACUUACCCCUGACUACUCAUCCUGUAUGUAGAAUUGUUGUUACCAGCCCCUUUCCUUACACUUACCCCUGACUACUCAUCCUGUAUGUAGAAUUGUUGUUACCAGCCCUUUCCUUACACUUACCCCUGACUACUCAUCCUGUAUGUAGAAUUGUUGUUACCAGCCCCUUUCCUUACACUUACCCCUGACUACUCAUCCUGUAUGUAGAAUUGUUGUUACCAGCCCCUUUCCUUACACUUACCCCUGACUACUCAUCCUGUAUGUAGAAUUGUUGUUACCAGCCCUUUCCUUACACUUACCCCUGACUACUCAUCCUGUAUGUAGAAUUGUUGUUACCAGCCCCUUUCCUUACACUUACCCCUGACUACUCAUCCUGUAUGUAGAAUUGUUGUUACCAGCCCUUUCCUUACACUUACCCCUGACUACUCAUCCUGUAUGUAGAAUUGUUGUUACCAGCCCCUUUCCUUACACUUACCCCUGACUACUCAUCCUGUAUGUAGAAUUGUUGUUACCAGCCCCUUUCCUUACACUUACCCCUGACUACUCAUCCUGUAUGUAGAAUUGUUGUUACCAGCCCUUUCCUUACACUUACCCCUGACUACUCAUCCUGUAUGUAGAAUUGGCAUGGAGGCGAGUAUGAAGGACUCCCAAAGAACACUUGUGACAAGUACUCCUCCAUGUUGUCUCAAUUUGUUAUGGUUUAAAAAAUAAUAAUAGUCAGUCCCUUGUACAAUAAACAGGGAACUUGUAUAAUGUGUGUUUUGAUUGCAGUAUGAAGACGAAGGAAAUAUUUCUGAAAUGUUUGCCUUUUACAAGUGAUGUUGUGACCGUCUCCCCUCAAGUCAGACUGGACUUCCUUCUGUUUCACAAAAAACUCACACUCAAAGGGGACGACUUUGAAUUGUUUGUGCAUUCAGACCUCAUUCUCUUAAGAUUUUGUUUUACCUUAUUGUAACCCUUGUAUUUAUUAGUAUUUCUUUUUAUUUAAUUGCGUUUGGACUAUUCAAAGCUCUGUGUGAACACCUUUUACUGGGAGAGCUGGUGCUAGUAAGUGAAAUAUAAAGUGGCAGUGAAGUGAUUUUUAAGAGCAAUGUGAUAACUAGACCACAGGACAACUAACUAUAUUUUAAUGGAACUUUUGCGUUUUCUCCAGAAUUGGUUAAAAGUGGACACUUCCAACCAUCAUUAUGGAUAGAUUAGAAAGGAUUGGUUUGAACAACUAUAAUGAAUAAUUUUCAGUUCUAACUUUUUGUUUCAUACAUAUAUGUAAUGCUUACUAUACAGUUUUAUAAGCUGUUUUGAUAAUUAAUUUCUUAACAAAACCUGUCCAUAUUAUAACCCCUAAUGCUGAGUAUUUGAAAAUAAAUAGCUGGAAAACUAGUGAAGAACAUUGUUGUGAAUCCAUUGUCCUUUCACUCCUCACUUUUAAUGUACUUUUGAAAGUGUUACGUGUUUUAAUAUUCAACACGUUUUCACACAGGCAAUUUUUAAUCUGUGAUGAAGGCGAAAUCAACUUCGUUAACUCAACCUUGUUAAAGACUUGGCUUGAACAUUUUCACUUCAGUGAAUUGGUCAAAUUAAUGUGUCUAGUUGAGGGGCCAAAUAAUUGACCUGUUGGAAUUUAAGGAAGGGUGUAUACAAUUGCAGAUCUUUAAGCAAAUGAUGCAGACUGAGGAUGAAGUUUGAUAAUGUUGCCUCUAGAAAGGCGGGUGCCCUCAUAUCAUACACCUAAACUGUGUACACACAGGCAGCCCAAUGCUGAUAUUUUUUUUGACUAAUUGUUCUUUUGACCAAUCACAUCAGAUCUUUUCACAUCAGAUCUUAUUCAGAGCUGAUCUAAUUAGUGAACAAAAAGAUCAGAAUAAUGCUGCCUGUAUAAACACAGCCCUGGAGGAUUAGACCUCUAGGGCUAAUCCUCCUCAUUUGCUCAUGUUAGUCCAAACAAUACAUUUAAAAAAUGGACACUAAUGCAUCUAUAUGUAAUCUUUAAGGUGCAAUGUUUGAAUGAAUUCCAUUAUCUUGAUGCUAGAAUAUUGAGUUUUAUGCAACACAUACAAAUCACUAAAUGAUAUCAAGUUUACAAUGUGGUUGUUGAAAAUAUACCUUUUAUUUUAUAACCAGCCAAAUAGGUUUGGAGUUCUUUCAUCCUUGGAGGAAGAAGAAUAUCCUCCCAAAACUGAUUUCUUUAGUUUUUCCAGUGAUAUUUAGACCAACUUCAUUGUUCCACGUAGCUUUUUAAUCAACCCAGACAAGUUUGAGAGUGCAUAUUUGCUGCUAGUUAGCUUAGCACGCUAACGCCAGUGUCCAUAUGGAAUCUGAGCUGAUGCCAAUGUCUACCAACCACAGAAGCAUUUCUGUUUAUAAUACAUUGUUCAAGAGUGAUAUGGUCAUAAUACACGUUGGAAUGGAGUUUCUGCAUGGUGGUUAAGUGUGUUUUUGGACGUUCAAUUGAUUCCUGUGGACUCUUGGAUUAGCAUGCUAAACUAACAAGUGGCUGCUCCAAAUAACUAAAUAAAUCAAAUAUUUUUGUUUGGGAACACUCAAGUACUGGGAGAAACCAAAGAAAAUGAGUUUUUUGAGUAAAUUGUCCUAAGGGCUGUAGAAUCAACAUUGCAAUAUGACUCUCCCAAUUUGUGUGUAUUUGUCACCAUGAAGAUGAAACUAACCCAGAUAUUGAAGAUACAAAUCUCUCACCCUUAAUCCUACACAUGUAACUCUGACUUAUGCCGUAUUUGUUUUGUUUUCAUGUACAUUUCGUCUUUUAUAUAUGCAUGAUAGUUUGUGCUUAAUAAAGGUCCAUCCGUGUUGAAUAUAA